AUGCAGCUUCGUUGUUUUUACGCAUUGUGCAUUCUAAUCGUAGUCUCCGCUCAAGAUGAUCAGCAGCAGUGUAUUCAAUGCGUUCAAGCUGGUAAAACUUGGUGUGGCUACAGGAAAACCUGUGAAGAAAAAACGUCUGAUUGUGCCACCCCUAUUCAGCUUGCAUUGAACUGUCCACGUGUUCCGGAUCCAGCCUACGCAUACAACGAUUCUUUUGCUCGGUACUAUAUUACGCCGCUUAUUGGCGGUUUGUUCUUGGACACUCCAGAGUCGUGCUUGAAGCUUAUUCCACACAUAUCUUACUACAAAAAUGUUCGCGUACAAUGUGCAAAAGAGCAAACAGAUGUUCACUGCUAUGGUUAUUCGGCAUGGGACCCAGUCGAGAAAGCCAUAAUUAUCGUAUUUAUUGGAGCCAGCUCCGAAAUGCAAGGACUCGAUUUGACCUACAGUAGUCUCUUACAGAAGAAAAUUGCCUUUUUCGAAAAUGGGCGCUUGAUCAAGUAUUUUAAUGAUGCCUUUCUUUUCUUAUGGAAUGGAGGUCUUGAGCGGCAAGUUCGCACCCUCAAAUACCAAUAUCCUGACUUCAAAAUUUAUGUCGUUGGUCAUUCGAUGGGAGCAUCUUUAGCAACCGUCGCAGCUGCAUAUCUGGUAAAAUGGAAUAUGUGGGCACCAGAAAAUCUGAGACUUAUCACUAUGGGGCAACCUAGGACUGGAGAUUAUGAGUUUGCCCAAUGGCAUGAUGCUACAUUCCCCUACUCAUAUCGGAUUAUCAGCCACCGUGACCCUGUACCACACUCUCCUCCAAGAAUAGGAGCUGAUGCUGCAUUCCAUCACCGCUAUGAAGUUUGGUACGAUAACGAUAUGGCCGUAGGACAACCAUACACAGUCUGUCAAGAAGCCGAUGGAGACUAUUGUAGUAACAAAGUAUCCAACAAAGAAGGCUCGGAUCACUUGUUCUACUUCAAUCUGCAAAUAAAAGAAUGGGGACUCAAUGGAUGCCCUGCGGCAAAUCUUACAAGGUGGUGUCCCGUGACGAAAACUUGCGAGGAAAAAACGACCAAUUGCACCACUCCGAUAAUUUAUAUCCUGAACUGUCCACGCUCACCAGAUCCUGCAUAUGCAUAUAAUGACAGCUUCGCUCGAAAUUAUAUCACUCCACUUAUCGGAGGAUUAUUCUUGGACACUCCAGAGAAAUGUUUAAGGCAACUUCCAUAUGUUGCUUACUACCAAAAUCUUCGCGUCCAAUGCAACAAGAAACACGAAGAUGCCCAAUGUUACUCCUAUGUCGCUCGGGAUACAGUGGAGAAAGCAAUAAUUGUUGCUAUCGGCGUCAGCCCCGAGAUUCAGGAUGCCAAUGUGACAGCUGUCUUCGGGGAAAAAGUAGCAUUUUUCGAUGAUGGACAUGUGUACAAGUACUUCAGUGACGCAUUUAUAUCCCUUUGGGAUAGUGGUUUAGAAAAACAAGUUCAUACUUUGACAUAUCUAUAUGAGGAUUACAAACUUUAUAUUACCGGCCAUUCCUUGGGAGCAUCCAUAGCCAGCGUCGGAGCUUCAUAUCUAGUGAAAUGGGGAAUGUUUUUACCGAAAAAUAUCAAGCUCAUUACCUUUGGCCAAACCAGAAUUGGUGACUAUGAUUUUGCCGAAUGGCACGAUGCAGCGUUUCCCUACUCAUAUCGUGUGGUUAGCCGUCAUGAUCCUGUACCUCAUAUGCCUCCACAAGAAAGUGAUGGCAAGCCAUUCCAUCAUCUCUACGAAGUCUGGUAUAACAAUGAUAUGGCCGUUGGUCAACCAUAUACGAUCUGCGAAGAAGCUGAUGGAAAUUACUGUAGUAACAGCGUCACCAAUAAUGUCGACAGUGAUCACUUGUUCUACUUCAAUCGAAACAUCAAGGAAUGGGGACUCAAUGGAUGCCCUGCGUUGACUUCCACUGCAUAG